AUGCCAGGUUUACUGAUGAAUGAGGAUACCAACUCAGAGUCUGGCAAUGAUCGUGGAGAUGCACUGACAGAUGCAGACAUGCACAGCAUUAGCAGUUCCAGUGGGGAGCAUAUGGAUUAUACAGGAACUCAAUCUGAGUUGGACAAUGAGCUUGAAGAAGGAGAGAACUCACAGAGUGCUGCUUCCAAGUUCAAUACAGAUUUGUUUGAUGGAGAUGAGGAAUCAGAUGACGGGGCUGAUGAUGACAGGGAUGGCUCAGUAUUGGAUGACAAGUGCAGCGAGUUUGGUUAUGGUGACCUAGAGGAGCAGUUGUUGUUGGAUGACAGCUCAGAAGAGGAAGGACUUGAAGGCUCACAAGAUAAAUUGGAUGAUGCCAUUCUUGGUGCUGAGGAUGGAGAGGGUGCUGCAGAUACUGAAGAGGAUUAUGGUGACUAUGCUGAGUAUUAG